AUGGCGGCCCCGGCGGAGCUGAGCGCGGAGCGGCUGCGGGCGCUGCCCGGCAGCUGGAGUUACGGGAUCAGCCAGGGCGGCCGCGUCUUCUUCAUCAACGAGGAGGCGAAGAGCACGACCUGGCUGCACCCGCUCACCGGAGAGGCCGUGAUCACCGGGCACCGCCGCAGCGCAGACUUACCCACAGGUUGGGAGGAAGCUUAUACUUUUGAAGGUGCAAGAUAUUAUGUAAACAUUCGCCAGGAACUGAGAUAGCCAGAG